UAACAAAGGUAUGUGGAGAACUUGAUAAAUCAUAACAUAGUAAAAUACUUGUGUUGUUGGCGAAAUGGGGAUAGCAGAAGUGUGCUCCAGGUUCAUUGGGGACUUUUUACAAACACUUAAAAGCUCGCCAAAGAGGUCAGAGUCUUCUGACCUUGAUGAGAGUGAGCAUGCAUGCAAAGGUGGGAGGAUGGUGAAGCUGGACGAGAAGAUGGUGGGUGCCCUGGUAACAGUUUUUGGCAUGGAGAGCAAUGGAAGAAUCAAGAAGGAGAGUGCAAGGGAAGUGGUGGAGAAGCUUGGUUUGGGUUCAGGAACAGGGUUUGAGCUUGGUGAGUUGAUGGAUGAUGAAGUGCCUGUGGAAGAGGUGCUUGGGGAGUUGGAAGACGUGUCGAAGCGCAGUGAGUUGCUGCAUGAAGCUUUCAAAAUCUUUGAUGAAGAUGGAGAUGGAUACAUUGAUGCAAUGGAGUUGAAGAGGGUGCUUGAUUGCUUAGGUUUGGACAAGGGUUGGGAUAUGAAUGCCAUUGAAAACAUGGUGAAGGUUGCAGAUUUGAACUUCGAUGGCAAGGUUGAUUUUGGUGAGUUUGAAUUCAUGAUGAUGGGGUAGCGCUUCAUGAAAAAAUAAAAAUAUAUUCAUUCAUUUUUGGAAUAAUUAUUCAGCACCCAAUUGUACAUUAAUUGAUUUAUCUUUUUUUUUUUCAGUUUUUUUCUUUAAUCUAUCUUGCAAUUCUAUACAAAGUUAAAAUUUUCACUCGCUUAA